UCACUGUAAACAUAACCCUCGGUUUCUCUCCGGAGCCAUAAUAGAGUGACACGCAGUCUUUGGAAGAGGGAAAAAAAAGAAGAUGGCAGGAUCUAGAUCAGCACUGGUGCUGUGCAUGGAUGUGGGGUUCUCCAUGUCAAACUCUGCCCCGGGUGAAGAGCCUCCCUUUGAACUCGCCAAAAAAGUCAUCCAGAAGUUUGUCCAGCGUCAGGUUUUUGCUGAGACUAAGGAUGAACUGGCUUUAGUUCUAUUCGGCACAGAUUCCACCAAAAACCCUCUAGAGCGGGACGGCCAGUACCAGAACAUCACCAUCCACCGCCACCUCAUGAUGCCUGAUUUUGAGCUUUUGGAGGAAAUUGAGAAUCAGAUCCAUCCAGAGAGUCAGCAAGCAGAUUGGCUGGAUGCUCUUGUUGUCUGCAUGGAUCUCCUUAAGAGAGAAACUGAUGGGAAGAAGUACGAUCGCCUCAACAUUGUCCUCCUGACUGACCUUAGCACCCAGGCUAGUUCAGACCACCUGGAUGUUAUUACUGAAAACCUGGAAAAAGCUGGCAUCACCUUGCAGUUCUUUUUGCCUUUCCCUGCGGAGGAUGAUGAGAAGGGUGGAGGGGAUGGGGACAGAGGAGGCCCUGAUCACCCGGGCUCGGGCAAAGGUCUGUCCAGGGAGCAGAAGGAAGGCCUGGACAUGGUGAAACACAUCAUGCUAACUCUGGAUGAAGAGGACGGCCUGGAUGAAGUUUAUACAUUCAGGAAGGCAAUCGAGCAGCUGCACAUGUUCAAGCGUAUCGAGAAGAGACCCACGGCUUGGCCCUGUCAGCUGACGAUUGGCAGCUCCCUGUCCAUUCGUAUUGUUGGGUACAAAGCUGUGACUGAGGAGAAGCUGACGAAGAUGUGGAUUACAGUCGACGCUCAAACCAACCUGAAAGACGAUGUGAAGAGAGAGACUGUCUACUGUCUGGAUGAUGACAAUGAGACAGAGGUGCAAAAGGAUGACACCAUUCAGGGUUUUCGUUAUGGAAGUGACAUUGUUCCCUUCUCCAAAGUGGAUCAAGAGCAGAUGAAAUACAAGCACGAUGGGAAGUGCUUUGCCGUUCUCGGCUUUACCAACCAGAGCAUGGUACAUCGUCAUCAGUUUAUGGGAAAUCAGGUCAUCAAGAUGUUUGCUCCCAAGGAUGAUGAGCACGCAGGAGUGGCACUGUCGGCCCUCAUCCGGGCGCUGGAUGAGCUCAAAAUGGUGGCCAUUGUGCGUUACGCUUAUGGCCGAAGCAGCAACCCUCAAAUAGGAGCAGCUUUCCCUUGUAUCAAGCGGCACUAUGAGUGUCUGAUGUACAUCCAGCUGCCCUUCACCGAAGACCUCAGACAGUUUACAUUUCCUUCCCUUGAAAACAACAAAAAGUUCACUCCGUCAGAAACCCAGCUGUCUGCUGUGGACUCUCUCAUUGACACCAUGAUGCUGGUAGAGGAAGAUGAGGAUGGAGAACAAAAGGACAUGUUCGAGGUCCACCACAUUCCCAACCCUGCCUUCCAGAGGCACUUCCAGUGUCUGCAUCAUCGAGCAGUUAACCCCGGGACCCCUCUUCCCUCCAUAGAGCCGUGGCUGAAGGCUGCGCUUGAGCGCCCUGUGGUCAUUAGCGAGCGUUGCCAAGCUCCACUAGAGGAGAUAAAGAGGAGGUUUCCUCUCACAGAAGUGGAGAAGAAAAAGAAGCUGAAGACCAGUGCUCAGAUUUUUGGCAAAGACUCUGAGGAGCCGGAGGCCAAGAAAGCAAAAGGAGAUGAAGAAGAGGAGGAGUAUAACCUGGCUGACAUUGCUGAAGGUUCUGUUACUUCGGUGGGAAGCGUGGAUCCAGCCCGAGACUUCCGCACUCUGAUUAAGCGGAAGAGUCUUCCAUUCGAAGAGGCCUGUCAGCAACUAACUCACAGGAUAGAGCAGUUGCUUAGCAACAAGAACACACACUACUACAUGAAAAGCGUCACCUGUAUCCAGGCUUUUAGAGAGCAGUCCGUUAAGCUGGGAAAUGCUGAUCUGUACAAUAGCUACCUCCAGUCCCUGAAAAGGAGCAUUCCAAACAGAGGGCUAGAGGUCUUCUGGGACCUACUUGUUCAAGAUGCCAUAACUCUGAUCAGCAAGGACGAGGUUGAAGGAAGCACCGUGUCCAAAAACGAAGCUAAUCAGUUUCUGGUUACUGAGGAGAAGAAAGAAGAGGUGGCUGCACCACCGGCUGAAGAUACAGGAGAUGUUGACGACUUGCUGGACAUGAUGUAAGAAGGGAGGCAAUGGGAGCGUCUGCAGUGGACAUGCAGAGAAAUAAGAUCAAUGCUAUCAUUCAACCCGACCAGACCAAACCAAAUCAGCCGUCCAUUGUUCUGCCUCCCAUUUGGAGACCCCCUCUUGGUAACCAAUGAUACCGCAUAACUGCAUGUAAUACUGCACAGAACAGGGUUCCACUUAAAUUUUUUGGUUCCCCAAGUACUGUAUAAGAAGACUACUGUUGUUCAAAUUUACAAAAAUUAUGUUGAAGACUUUAGAUGUCUUAAUCUCAAAAUGAAUGUAAAUUUUAUAAAUGUGCACUAAGAACCUUUGGGAGUUUACAGAUGACAACACUUCAGCAUCCAAUAAAUUCCGUGUUU